UACCAAAAAAAACUACACGGUACUGAUUGUAGAUUUUCCCUUUUUAUAAUCCACAUUUUAAAACUCUCAUUUAACACCGGUCACUGAAGUUAACAACUCUCUCGUGACCGCGAAAGUCAGGAGAGAUGAAUCAGGGCUUCAAAACGCUGUGAAUUAGGAAAUUUCGAUCUCCUUAAGUUUCUUCGGUUUGAUCUGUGAACCUUUAGUUUCGGAGGCCGAUUCGGGAAAGUGGGAUGUCGGCCGUUAAAGGAAGUAGCAAGAGACGAGGGAAGGAGGAAGUUGACGUUCUGAAACCGGAGAAGAGAAAGCGAGAUGAGGACUUCGAUCCCGAUCUAUCGAGUGACAUCAAAGGUAUCCUCUCGGCACUGCAACAGAUCAAAGAAAAGGCGCAGAAAGAUGACCAGAGGAGGAGUGAGGAGUUGAUUUCUAGUGUGGCUUCAGAGAUCAAGGCCAUGCUAGAUGAUGCAAGGUCGCAGUUUGAUAAGGAAAGGCAGAGUUUUGUUAAGGCUCUUUCAAAGAGCUCAAAAGAGUGUGAAGGUUCAUUGAAGAAUGAAUAUACAAAGUUCCAAGCUACUUACGAGAAAUUUUGCAAGGAAAAAGACACACACAUGCAGAUUCUUAAAGACAUAUUUUCCAAGUUUGAAAAUGAAAAAGAAAAGCUGUUCACCCGCUAUGAACAACUACGGAAGAAAGAAAAAAGUAUGCUAUCAGAUUUAGAGAAAGCUUGUGCAGAUAAAAUUGCUGCAGCAGAGGAUUCUAUAAAGAAGAAGAAGCAGGAUGAGAAAUCUUUCAGCUUUUUGCGGAAGUCUCUAGGUUCAUUUCUGGACAGUGCCUCCGAUGAGGACUUCCUACUGGAUGAUUAAAGCUCUGCUUUAAUGCAUCAAAGCUUGAAAUGCAGUAAUUACUCUUUGGCUCUACAUGUUACACAGACACACUUAAAACUUUAGUUCCUGCUCUUUAUUACAAUAUGCUACACAAUUCAGGCUUCUCUAACUAGAUGCAACCUAUGUUUCUACAUGUUCUUCAACAAAAGGGAGAAACACCAACCUUCUUCUGCCACCUGAGUUUUAAGUUGAAAUUCUCCCAUUGUAUAUUCUCUUAAUCACUAUUUUGUUUCAUCUGGACAAGAACUAGGAAGGUUAUCAUUACCAUGGUCAUUUGAGGUGGAAUGAUGCCUGGAUUUUGCUUGGCCAUUACCCAAUGUUGGUCCUAUCUAUCUGGGACUUGGAAGAGGCAGACUGGAUAUA